AUUAAAGAACAUACUUUAGUAGAAGAAGAUGGCCACUGCACAGUUGCAGCGGACUUCCAUGAGUGCAUUGGUAUUUCCCAAUAAGAUAUCAACUGAGCAGCAAUCUUUGGUGUUAGUGAAGAGGCUUCUAGCAGUUUCAGUAUCCUGCAUCACAUAUUUGAGAGGAAUAUUUCCAGAAUGUGCUUAUGGAACAAGAUAUCUAGAUGAUCUUUGUGUCAAAAUUCUGAGAGAAGAUAAAAAUUGUCCAGGAUCUACACAGUUAGUAAAAUGGAUGCUAGGAUGUUAUGAUGCUUUACAGAAAAAAUAUCUAAGGAUGGUUGUUCUAGCUGUAUACACCAAUCCAGAAGACCCUCAGACAAUUUCAGAAUGUUACCAAUUUAAAUUCAAGUACACCGAUGGUGGACCAAUCAUGGACUUCAUAAGUAAAAACCAGAGCAAUGAAUCUAGCAUGUCAUCUGCUGACACCAAGAAAGCGAGUAUUCUCCUCAUUCGCAAGAUUUAUAUUCUAAUGCAAAAUCUGGGACCUUUACCUAAUGAUGUUUGUUUGACCAUGAAACUUUUUUACUAUGAUGAAGUUACACCCCCAGAUUACCAGCCUCCUGGUUUUAAGGAUGGUGAUUGUGAAGGAGUAAUAUUUGAAGGAGAGCCUAUGUACUUAAAUGUGGGAGAAGUCCCAACACCUUUUCACACCUUCAAAGUAAAAGUGACCACUGAAAAAGAACGAAUGGAAAAUAGGUGUUUCUAACAUUUGUACAGAAAUUCCAGAGCUGUAGGGCCGGCCCGGUGGCGCACUCGGGAGAGUGCAGCGCUUGGGAGCGAUGAUUUUGACAUUGAAACUAAAAUGGAAGAGCAGAAAAAAAACCCUGGAUCUUCUGAACUUGGAGAACCAACUUUAGUUUGUGAGGAAGAUGAAAUGAUGAGGUCUAAAGAGAGUCUAGAUCUUUCAAUUUCUCAUUCUCAGGUUGAGCAGUUAGUCAGUAAAACAUCUGAACUUGAUGUGUCUGAAAGCAAAACAAGAAGUGGAAAAAUUUUUCAGAAUAAAAUGGCAAAUGGAAAUCAACCAGUAAAAUCUUCUAAAGAAAAUCGGAAGAGAGGUCACCCUGAAUCUGGGAAAACAGUCCUCCAUCACUUUGAUUCUUCUAGUCAAGAGUCAAUGCCAAAAAGGAGAAAGUUUAGUGAACCAAAAGAACAUAUAUAA